AUGGCCAGCAACUUUGGAUCGUUGCCACAGCAGUACGCGCACGUGCCGCAUCUCGCCGCGUGGCUGCAGCAGCAACUAAACGACCACCCUCCACUGCAAAACCAAUCACAACAGGACAUUGCACCAGGGCUGUACAACAACAUGGUCACCCAGAACGCGUACCAGCAACAACAGCCCACGAUCCAACAAGAAACAGGCUUCGUCAACAUGAACACCAUCCAGUCCAAGCCUAUAAACAUGCAGGUUAACCAGGUGCACCAGGGUCAGGUUUACGGCAACGCGCUUGCUGGCCCCAGUGGUGGCGUUCAGUUCUCAAAUGGUACGAUAUCGCACCCGAUGCACCUUGAGCCCCAGCAGAUGCACCUUCAGCCCCAGCAUAUGCAGCCCCAGCCCCAGCAUAUGCAGCCUCAGCCCCAGCACAUGCAGCCUCAGCCCCAGUACCAACCAGUUGCCUCAACCUCUACGCUCAUGUGGCCAAACCCGUAUGCGCCUUCUUACCAGCACGUUGCUCCCAAUGCCCCGCUUGCUGUGGUCGACCUUCCUGGCGACAACAGCCCAAAGUCGCCAGCACGUGACCGACUUUUACAGGAUGAGGAACCAUCGCCGUUUGACAAUCUUGGAAAGGGACAUACCGCGCAGGCCGCACGACCCAUUGCAGUGGUUGACACCGUUAGCCGUGCCGUGGCCGUCCCGCGCGUGUCCCCAGACUUCAUCCCUCCUCGCGUGAGUUCGGCAGAGGUUGCCGACUCUUCCUCCUUUUACCAAGCUCCUCAACGUCCCGCCAAGCGUCCAGUAUCUGCGGCGGCGUCAUCAAGCAAGCAUACAUGGUCUGGGCCCGCCAUACCCAACAACCCUGAACUCGGGUCACUCGCACCUCUCCUCACCGCCGGCUCGCUGCAGCGCGAGCGACCUGGGCUGCUUUUCAAGUAUUUCCGUAGCCGUCGAGAGGAGGAUGAUGACACGGAGAGUCGACCUCUCUUCAAACCAACUCCACAACAGCUCCUCCUGGUCCUCGACGCCCUUCAGCAGGGUGUCUCGAACACGUAUCUUCGCAAGCUGGCAGACGACGAGUACUACACCGAGGUUCUUGUGCGCUGGGUCAAGCUCAUGAUCGCGGACCCCAAGACAUAUGAGCUUGGUAUCGCAAACAUGUUCAAUAUCCUCGCCCGCACGAAUAUGCCUGUGGACUUGAUAGAAGAGUUUAAUGUGAAGGAGUUGACGGCGCAGCUACGCGACAAGUCGGAAGAAGCAGGCCUCCAGACGAUGCCCACAAUCGAGCGCGCGUACAACCGCUACUUCAACUACGUCCAGGACGACUUGAUGCGCAAGGGCCGGCGCCUCAGCGACGACGACGACUCGUCGUCCGAGGAUGAACGCACCGCCAAGAAGCGCAAGACCGCCAUCAAGCCCGAUGUAAAGCCCACGAUGAAGCCUAUGGCGAAACCAGGUGUCAAGCCACCUACCCGACCAGGUGCCAAGCCUGACGUGAAGCCAUCCGUGGGCAAGCCGUCGAGUAUGUCGUUCUUCUCUGGCCCGCCAAAGACGGACACGAAGCCGAAGAUCCCGAACCUGCGUGGUAUGCCUGCGAUCAAGAAGCGUCCAGCACCCUUACAGACGCCCAACGCUCCGGCCGGCCCAGCGCGCCCGCCGGGUGGCUCUCUACUCGCGAGCACUAUGAGCCGGCUGAAGAACGGCCCAGUGUCCCCGUCCCCCAUGAAGGACAAUAAGCCUGAUCUGCGUCCUGAGCCGAAGAAGGAAAAGGUCAACCGCAAGGGACACACUGUGCGUUGGGUGGACAACGCUCCGGGCUACAACCCUGCGGGCGAACGGCCGCUUGUCGCCGUCCGCGAGUUUGUCGAGGCGGCGCACGAGCUGGAGCCGGCGCCGUGGAGAAUGGAAGAAGGUGCGGCUGGCCGGUCGAUGCAGGACAUGAACCGUGCCGAGGGCAACGUCAUGCACCACCGGGUGUACGACGAAGUAGAGGUCGCAAUGGACUGGGCGGGACCAGCGCCGUACGACGCGCCAGAGAUCGGUCUCACGCAGCCUUCUCCCGAGGCGGAGGCUCAGGAGGCCCGCGAACGCGCCAUUCUCGCGAGCUCUUACGUGCCUGGCCAGGAGCCUAUCACUCCCGACGAUAUUAGCGUGCGCACAGUUGUACAAGACGCCACAACUAUCCAGAUGAACAUGCGGCGCCACUACCCAGGCAGUCCCGCACCGGCGGACGCCCCGCCUGUUCCAACACCCGCCGCGCCCAUCGCCGCCAACUCGGUUUCCGACCUCCUGAGCAAGCUCAACCUCCCGAACUUGACGCCUGCGGCGCCUACCGUGCCGGUUCAAGCCACCCCACCCUCCUCUUAUGGUUACGACUACAACCAGAACCAGAACCACGGCUACGGCUACCAGCCCACGCAAUCGUCCUACCAGUCCUCAAGCUUCCAGCCGCAGGGCCAGUCUUCGAGCUACCAGGGUCAGAGCUACCAGUCCCAGUCCCAGUCCCAGUCCCAAAACUACGGCUCGCAAGGCUCCAACGCACAGCAACAGGGCUACACGCCCCAGACCUCGGGAAGCCGCUGGGACCAGUCGCGCGCACCUGGCUUUAUUCCCCAGCCUGCACGGCCGUCUCAGGGCGGGCGGGGACAGUGGGGCGCUGCCGGCCGCCCAGGCGCACCGUACCGCACGAGACCGUGCAAGUUCUGGCUCAUAGGCGAUUGCAAGCAAGGCGAGACGUGCACGUUCCUCCAUGAGCGCAGGUAG